AUGGUGGCGGCGCCCCUUCCCCAUCACCUCCCGACGGCGGCCGCUGCGCCCUUCCCCAUCUUGAUAGCCUUGCGUGCGUGGGUGUCGGUGACGGGCAGCCGCCCUCGGGCUCUAGAUCCUUGUAGGGCAGACACGGCGGUGGCGGAUUCCCUCGGCUACAUCCACGUCGUGAGGCCCUCGUCGCGCUCGUCGUCUCGCUGUCGCGUCGCUCUUCACCGUCGUCUGGCUGGGCAUCAGCACAGCAGCAGCCGGUGUGUUGGUUCCGGUGCCGCGUCGCGCGAGCCGACCGGAAGCCCGUUCCCCAUCGCACCGGAGCUCGGAUCCGGAUUGCCAAAAGGACAUAUUUCGUAUGUACGAAACAUUAAGGAAGGACUACCUCUCUUCCUCUUCAAUUAUGAUGAUCGCAGAUUGUAUGGUAUUUACGAAGCUGCAGGGAAUGGCAAGUUCUGUCCUAAAUCAAAUGCAUGGUCACAUGAUAGCAAGGGCAAAACAAGCUAUCCUGCCCAGGUUGCAAUGCGGCUAAGGGUGUGGUGUUUCCCGCUAGCAGAGAAUCAGUUCAGAAAUGCUAUUAUAGCCAAUUACUAUCAGAACACACCCGGUGUCCCUGGCCAGAAGCUCCAUUUUUUAACACCAACUAAUGUUCAUGGGAGAGAAUUAGUGCUGUCACCUGGAUGGGCACCAGAGUUUGAGGGGAACGAUAACCUCAAAUCAGAAAAUGUUGUAAAGUCAUAUGCAGACAUAUUGAAGAAGAACAAAUUCGAGGAAGUUAGGACACGAGAUGUGGAUACGGAACAUGUAAGCUCAGGUAAUGAAUCUUCUGGUGGUUUCAAUGAACUUGAUUGUCAAUACACAUCACCAGAGAGGGAGGACUAUGCACUAUCAGAUAAGGUGGUUCCAGUGAAACAACAACAGUACCCUGAUCAGCAGGAAAAAAUUCUUUUUUGCCUUGUUUUGUCACAGCAUAUUUCUAUCUCAUCAAGUUGCUGCUGGGUUGGGUUCAAUUUCACAGCCUUGUAUCCAUGCAUGUUCAAGUGUGGCAGAUCUAGAAAUGUGGUCUGA